UUUGUGGGAAGCAUAAAUUGAGGAGGUCAGCGUGUGAGAGUUGCACUGAGGACAUGGGAGGGCCAGCAAAAAAAAAGUGUGGGAGCUUUACAGGAAAGCUGCUGCUUACAUCCACCAUAGACCCAUCCCAUUUAUGCAAGUGAAGUGACAGCCAAAGCAGAAGAGAGAGAGAGCGAAAGAGAGGGAGAGAGAAAGAGAGAGAGAGAGAGAGAGAGAGAGAGAGAGAGAGAGAGGUCGCUCACAUGCACUCUAGAAGUUCAGAGCUGCUGCUUGAAAAGCAGGAAGAAAGAUGAAGUUUUGUGAUUUGUGAAGUUCUCCGGUUCUCGCUCUGCAUCGCUGCCUUUGAGGGAUAAUACCACCUUACCUGAGGUUCUACCUGAGGUUCUACCUGAGGUUCUACCUGAGCUGACGGGUCCUAGGAAAUGCUACUAAGGUUGGGGCACUUCGGCCGGGGCCUUUCCUGAAUGUGUUCAGCCGUCAACACUUCUCUUCCCUUUAGUUUCAGUUGUGAGGGACUGGCAAACUCCAGCAGACUUCAUGGGGGAGCAUCGAUGUCCACCACUCAUAGAUUCACUGCGAGCGGCGGGUUCAGACCCAAUCCCACCUCCCAGCCGUCAGAGAUGGACCUGGCCUGGCAGGAACUGAUGGCCAUCACAGAACUGCAGGAAUUUGAGGUACCCAAUGAGCAUCCAUUCAGCACUGCGCCAUAUAUACCGAUGGAGCCCAUGGUGCCGUACGGGAACUUCGGAAUGAGUCACCCACUAACAGAGCCCACUCUUCCAGCCUGUGAAGCAAGUCCUGCUCCUGCUGCUUUUGAAGGUGGGUACAGCGAGGUGAUGAACCCCUACCAGCGCCUUAACCGCAACGUGGAAAUGCACCACGGACACAGUGGAGGUCAGGCGAUGUCCGGCCUACUGCCUAAUGCACAUUGUCUUCAGCCAUCCCUUAUGAGCCUACUGGAUCACAUGGGCAUGACUAGCACCAACCAAGGACUUGGUAAAGAGACGGUCGCUGGUCACCUAGCGGAUGACAUGGAGUCAGACUCUGGUCUAUCUCUCGGCUCAAGUCCUCCUCUUGCCUCGCCAGAAAACGCAGCACAUGCAGUACCGACGCAAUAUCUUCCUCCAGACGGAGGUCUCAACAACUACGCCGAGGGACCGUGCAUUGGCGACCAUUACCGCAUGAGAGCGAGUAUACCGAACUCUAUGGACUACCAGCACAACUUCAGCUCUUAUUCUGGUCAUUCCUACUUCCCAGGGGUACCAAACUUACCAACCACACCACAACUGCAGAUCCCCAAUCCCCAAUCCCAGCAGCAGAUACCACCCAUGAAACCACUUCUACCCCCCACCCUAAGUGACAUUCAAAUGAACAGUGGAGGAAGUUCCUUUCAGAACUCUUUCACCAAAUCCAGAGCGGGGAGUGGGUCAUCAGGUCCCUACAGCAGGGAUGAGCGAAGAGCACUUGCUCUCAAAAUCCCUUUUCCUCUGGAAAAGAUCGUCAACCUCCCUGUGGACGACUUCAACGAGCUCCUGAGCCAGUACACGCUGAACGACACUCAGCUGACGCUGGUCAGGGACAUCCGUCGCAGAGGAAAGAACAAGGUGGCGGCGCAGAACUGCCGCAAAAGGAAGCUGGAGAACAUUGUGCAUCUGGAGAGUGAGUUAGGCCAACUGAGAGCACAGAGAGAGCACCUGGCGAGAGAGAGACUGGAAUUCCAGCAGAACCUCACCAUCCUCAAGUGCCGCCUUUCAGACUUGUACGCCAAGGUGUUCUCCCAGCUAAGGGACGAAGAAGGUCACCCCUACUCUUUAGAAGACUACUCUCUGCAGCAGACUAACGACGGAAGCGUUUAUCUAGUGCCGCGAAACGCAGCACUGGAGGGUGAAUAAACUUUUAUAAACCUUUGUAUUGUAAAAAAUUUGAGGCGAGGGUGUGUGGAUGGGAGAGACCAGGUACGUAAGACCUGUGCUUCAACAGCAGCGGUAAUUUUCUUUUUUGUUGAGGCAAGGUAGGAGGUCCUCAGGGUAACCACACCAAAUACUACGGGAAAAAUGAGUAGUAAAGAAUGCAACACUAGAGCAGUGGUUCUGAAAUCGUGGUACACCAUAUGAUCGGGAAAAAUAUUAAAUGAUCCAACCGAGGCAAAAACAAUUUUUCAAUCAAGUUUGUGUUUAGUGCUUAACCAGGCAGACCUUGUAUAUAAAAAGCUUACUUCAAUUCCAAAAAAUAGUUUCAUUGGUCCUACAAUUGAACCCUGUGGAACUCCACAAUACACAAAUGUGGAGCAGGUAACCUUUGUAUAAGAAGUGUAUUUAAAAGUAAACAUUUUUACAAAGUAUGCUCAACAUGGAAAGCACAUACUUAAAGCAUUAAAAUCCCAGGUUCAUACAAUGUUUUAAUCAAUACCAUGAUUUUUAUUCUUUUUACUUUUCCAUGCAAUUUAAGGCAAAUUUUCAUGACUAUACGACUUAAAACAUCAGUGCAGACAUGGACAAUACAAAAAAAAAAAAAAAAAAAAAAAAAAAAAAAAAACUAAAA